GAGAGGUGUUCACUUAAUAAGCACUGAGGGACAAUCUUAUGAGAACUGAGAGGGAUUAACUUCACAUCGGAGAAGAUGACUCUAAGGAUUUGAUUGAGAAGAUACACAAAAAAGGGAUAUACAGAAGUAGGCGACUUUGGAGAGUUUUUUUGCUGCACAUUUUCUUCUUCGGACCGAGUAGAAGCUCUGCCAGCAAGGAUGAAGAAAUGUAAAGGGUGUCUUAUGAUACCCAGGAAGAUGUGUCACCCUACUUGGGAAUUAGACUAAAACACAAGACAGAGGAGCUGCUGCGAAAAGAGCCUGAGAAUGCCUCAGUUUGGUUGACAUGGACGCCAGGCAAGAAGAUCGCACCUUUUAGUCCUGCGUGCAGCCUGGGAGAGGACAGGUGGAACUAAAAAGGGAUUGGAUUGAAACACAAGACUCCCUCCGCACUCCCACUCCACACUGGGACUGCAGGCCAGCCCGUCUGCUUAUGAUCCUUCUGCCGGGAGCAUGAGCGUUGGAAGGAUCAACCGCUACAGCAUCGUGUCGUCCGAGGAAGAGGGCCUCCGCCUCACUACCAUGCAUGGCAUGAACGGUUUUGGCAAUGGCAAGAUCCACACACGCCGCAAGUGUCGCAACCGCUUCGUCAAAAAGAACGGGCAGUGCAAUGUGCAGUUUUCCAACAUGGACGACAAGUCGCAGCGCUACAUGGCUGACAUCUUUACCACAUGUGUCGAUAUUCGUUGGCGAUGGAUGCUGGUGGUUUUCACUCUCGUGUUUGUGAUGUCCUGGCUUGCCUUUGGUUUGGCCUUUUGGGUCAUUGCUUUGUUGCACGGGGAUCUGGAUAACCCAGCUGGGGACGACAACUUCACUCCAUGUGUCCUUCAAGUGAACGGAUUUGUGGCUGCCUUUUUAUUCUCCAUUGAAACACAGUCCACAAUAGGCUAUGGCUACCGUUGUGUCACUGAGGAGUGCCCAGUGGCGGUCUUCAUGGUGGUGCUCCAGUCUAUAGUAGGCUGCAUUAUUGACUGCUUCAUGAUUGGUGCCAUCAUGGCCAAGAUGGCAAGGCCUAAGAAGCGAGCACAAACACUCUUGUUCAGCCACAAUGCUGUCAUUGCAAUGCGGGACGGUAAACUGUGUCUCAUGUGGAGGGUGGGAAACCUUCGCAAGAGCCACAUUGUGGAGGCGCACGUCAGGGCACAGCUCAUCAAGCCUCGGAUCACAGAUGAAGGGGAAUAUAUACCUCUGGACCAAAUAGACAUCAAUGUGGGCUUUGACAAAGGCCUGGACAGGAUUUUCUUGGUUUCACCUAUCUCUAUUCUCCAUGAGAUUGAUGAGGAGAGUCCCCUUUUCGGGAUCAACAAACAGGACCUUGAGACAUCAGACUUUGAGAUUGUUGUGAUCUUGGAGGGGAUGGUGGAAGCAACAGCCAUGACCACUCAGGCACGCAGUUCCUACUUAGCCUCCGAGAUCCUUUGGGGCCACAGGUUUGAGCCUGUCUUGUUUGAGGAGAAGAACCUUUACAAAGUGGAUUACUCACACUUUCAUAAAACUUACGAGGUCCCAUCCACCCCGAGAUGCAGUGCCAAGGACAUGGUGGAAAACAAAUUCCUCGUACCCAGUUCGAACACAUUCUGCUACGAAAAUGAGCUAGCGUUCCUCAACCGUGAAGAUGAGGAGGAGGAUGUUGGUGGUGGAAGUAGGGCACUGGCAAACCUCAGUCCGGACCGGAACAGCCGGCAUGAGUUUGAACGUUUACAAGCCACCAGGACACUGGACCAAAGGUCUUAUCGAAGAGAGUCUGAAAUAUGACCCCUUAAAAACUGUUCAAUGCAGAACAAUGCAAAGUGCCAUAGGAAAAGCAGACCAAUAUGACCGGAUAUGAAAAUAGAGGACAUAAAUGUAAGGAAUGUGGAAAACCAAGAGUAUGCAGUUUAAGAAAUUGUGUCUACAAUCAAGAAAACGUCUAGGGAAAGACCUUCCUUCAUGGAAACUUGAAUCUUUUUUCACACGCUCACUUUAAAUUAAGAGUGUUAUAAUAGCACACUGAGCUAUGACAAAUUGUGUACAUACAUUUCUUAGUUAUGGUAUAUUUUGAGUGUAAUCUCAGUUGCUAAAAGCACCUCUGAAAAGUAUAAUGUGCUUUUUCUUGAGAACAACAUUCCUAUUGUGCAAUUUACUGGACACAAGUUCAGUGACACAUUGAAAAUUCAGGUGUAAUGAGCCAUACUUUAACACCUGAUCACGGGCCGCCGAC